AUGUCUACUCGAGAGGACUUCAUCAAAACUCGAGUCUUCAUCAUUUCAGACACCCAUGGCCUUCGGCUUGGUUACAAGCACGAGGCAGACGUCGCCAUCCAUUGUGGUGAUCUUACAAAUGAGUCCAAACUCAAAGAAUAUCGAAAUCUGAUCAAAGACUUGAGUUGCAUUAAAGCGCCCCUCAAGUUGGUUGUUCCCGGCAAUCAUGACUUUACUUUAGACACACCCCAGUUCCAGAGGAAGAUUGAUGAGGCACGGCGUGCCAAACCAGAUCUGGACAAAAACUAUACGGCAAAGUAUGGGAAUCCUGGCGAUUCUCGCCGUUUAUUUGCGGAGGUUAGGGACACAGGCAUAGUCCUGCUCGAAGAAGGAACGCAUACCUUCGAUUUAGCCAACGGUACUCGCCUGAAGGUGUACGCAAGCCCUCGCACACCCGCUGCUGGAGGGUUCUGGGGUUUCCAAUAUCGGGUUGAAGACGGCCACAAUUUUGCCAUCGAGAAGGGGACCGAUAUUGCUAUUACGCAUGGCCCGGCGUUGGGUAUGCUGGACCACUCAAAGGCUAACCCCAAGGCAGGCUGUCCAUACCUACUCGGGGCCAUUGCCCGUGUCCAGCCUCGAUUGCAUUGCUGUGGCCACAUCCAUGAAGGCUGGGGCGCCAAACUAGUGACAUGGAACGGGGUUUUGCCCGAACAUCCAACGGGCACAGGCGAGCAUGGUGUUAAGGAAUCCUCUGUCAUAGCAGCCUUGCGUGACUUCAAAUCAUUGUCGACCGAUUCGAAAGAGGAAAAGGCACGCAAAAGACAAUUUGUGAAGCAAAGUUCUGCCGUCAAGUGCUGCAACAUUAGUCACUGCCAGGGUGACCGCAACCCGCUUGGCCACGAGAGUCAAACGCUGUUUGUCAAUGCCGCAAUACAGGGUGCGCCAGGCGAGGCAGCACUUCACUAUCCGUGGGUGAUUGAUAUUGAUCUUCCCAAGACAUGUUGA